CGUCCCCGGGUGGCCGGGCAACACUAGGGACAGCGCCCGAGAAUCCACUGGGGACAGGCUCCUGGGCUUCCCAGCGUCGCGGGUAGAGGUACAGCUGCUCCGUGUGCCGCAGGCUCCAGAUUCUCGCCACCCCACCCCUCCCUCAGAAACUCGGACUGCUCUCGUCUGCCGUGUGGUUCUCUUUUCUUCCGAAAGGCCAGAGUCUUAUCUCUCAACUUCAAGUCCAGAGGACUUGCCCAGUCUCCUCCCCUUAAGUCAUUUCCACCAUCCUCAGGCAGCUGUGGGAAGCCGAGAGUCCUGGACUGCUCGUCCCGGUGCCAGCGCUGGCAGUCCCAGUCCGUCCGGUGCAGCAGUCCAGCGCAUUCCCCUCUCUCCCUCCCUCUUGCUCUCCCUCCCUUUCUGUCUUCCUCUCUUUCCUCCUCUACUGCUCCCUCCCUCUUUUGCCUCUUAAGUUUCCUGCACCGUGAAUCCAAGUGUGCCAAGCCUUGGCUCCCGCGAACCAAUCCUGAGCGCGACCCGGGCACUGGGACGGCGACUCCGCCAAAGCUGGACGAGGCAGCUGGACCCGUCUGCGCUCGAGCAUGGAGACGGAGCGCCUGGGAGGGCACGUCCGGGGCGCUGGAGACGCCAGGCCCGAGUAGCUCCUCAAUGGAGCCUGCCCGGAGCUGUCCCUUCUCGCCGGUUUCACCCCAAGUCCUGUGCGGCUGCUGAGAGCGCUCCUUGCUCUGUAAAGUGGAUGUCAGGUGGAUCUAUGUUUUUGAAGGAACAAAGACUCAGAGAAGGCACCGCCAAGGAAGUUUGAGACGCGGGAGAAUGCAGGCUGCGUGCUGGUACGUGCUUCUCCUCCUGCAGCCCACCGUCUACUUGGGACUUCCCAUCAAAUGGGGAUACAAAGUUAAGAAAUGCAAGCUUGAUACUGAUGAUUGUGACUGCAGCUUCUGCUCGUGGCAUGUGGGACACAAGCGUUGUAGGAAGUCUGCAUCUAUUGACCUGACCAAUAUGAAAAAUGAUCCCUGGGCCUCAGGGUAAGGUCACAUGUGCCAAUUUAACGAACGGUGGAAAGUCAGAACUUCUGAAAUCAGGAAGCAGCAAAUCCACACUAAAGCAUAUAUGGACAGAAAGCGGCAAAGACUUGUCUAUCAGUCGACUCUUGUCACAGACUUUUCGUGGCAAAGAGAAUGAUACAGAUUUGGACCUGAGAUAUGACACCCCAGAACCUUAUUCUGAGCAAGACCUCUGGGACUGGCUGAGGAACUCCACAGACCUUCAAGAGCCUCGACCCAGGGCCAAGAGAAGGCCCAUUGUUAAAACGGGCAAGUUUAAGAAAAUGUUUGGAUGGGGCGAUUUUCAUUCCAACAUCAAAACAGUGAAGCUGAAUCUGUUGAUAACUGGGAAAAUUGUAGAUCACGGCAAUGGAACAUUUAGUGUUUAUUUCAGGCAUAAUUCAACUGGUCAAGGGAAUGUAUCUGUCAGCUUGGUACCCCCUACAAAAAUUGUGGAAUUUGACUUGGCACAACAAACUGUGAUUGAUGCCAAAGAUUCCAAGUCUUUCAAUUGUCGCAUUGAAUAUGAAAAGGUUGACAAGGCUACCAAGAACACACUCUGCAACUAUGACCCUUCAAAAACCUGUUACCAGGAGCAGACCCAAAGUCAUGUAUCCUGGCUCUGCUCCAAGCCCUUUAAGGUGAUCUGUAUUUACAUUUCCUUUUAUAGUACAGAUUAUAAACUGGUACAGAAAGUGUGCCCUGACUACAACUACCACAGUGACACACCUUACUUUCCCUCGGGAUGAAGGUGAACAUGGGGGUGAGACUAAAGCCUGAGGAAUUAAAGGUCAUAUGACAGGGCUGAUACCUCAAAGAAGAAGGUCACAUCUGUUGCCUGGAAUGUGUCUACACUGCUGCUCUUGUCAACUGGCUGCAAAUACACUAGUGGAAAACAAUCUGAUGUAAUUUCUGCCCAGUCAGCUUCAUCCCUCAGUAUAAUUGUAAAUCAUCACAGGUUUUGAAGUCACACCUGAAGACAUGCUCUCACAUAUAGAGGUACACAAACACACUGUCAUGCACAUUUCAGCUUGCAUCUGUCGUGAUUCCUGUUGAGAGGGCUUUCAUUGUCUGACUCAUAAUGGUUCAGGGAUCAACUAUCAUCAAACAGAAGGAUUAACUAGACGGAGAAUGUUUCUAACACUCGCUGUUAUGGAAAUCUCUUUUAAAGUCUUGAGUACAUGCUAAUCAAUAAUCCCCACUCAUGCAUUCCUACUGCUUGGAGUAGCUGUACUGGUAAAUACUAUUGUAGGAGUAUCUGCUUGUUAAAAUGGAAAAAUGUGUCUUUAGAGCUCAGUAUUCUUUAUUUUACAAACACAACAAAAUGUAGUAACUUUUUUCCAGCAUACAGUAGGCACAUUCAGGGUGGUCCAAGAUGGCUCUUUUUUCUAUGAAAGGGGCCUGUUCUCAGUAAAGAUGAGCAAACAUUUGGAAUUUACAUGUGGGCAGACAUUGGUAUAACAACUUUCAUCACCAAUCACUGGACUUUUGUGAAGUUGAGACCAGCUAAAGCUGCUUAAAAUAAGUUCUGAUCAUUAUAUAAGAAGGGAAAUGCCUGGCAGACACCAUGUAAGUUAUAAGUGUCUGUCUUAUCUUUACUACACAUAUUGUAACAAAUUCAAUAUCCUAGUCUUCAUUUGUAUGAAUGGUUUGUACUGUACAUAGUUUAACCAAGUGUUAUUUGAGCUGCUUAUUAAUAUUAACUUGUACUUGUCUCUCUGCUUGUUAUUGGUUAAGAAAAAAGGAUAUGAGGAAUUCAUUUUAUCGAUGUAGCUGUGAACUCCAUUAAAAAGACAAACAAUGUACAGAGCAUUUAUUCAGAUCAAGUAUUGUUGAAAGCUAUACAUAUACAACAUUACAGUCUGUCUGUAUUUAGAUAUUUUAUUUCUGGACAAAAUGAAAUGUACAUAAAAAUAAAACACUUAAAGUUGAGUUUCAAUA